AUGAGGGAAUUGAUGCGCCACGUGCUGUGUUUACUGGUUCUCAUGCUUUGCUGCACCUAUGGGUGUGUGUCGGUUUCAGCUGCCCCUCAACCUUCCAAUGAGGAUCAAGCUGCUGGGCAUGGGAUUGGUAGCAGUGGUAUUAAUCCCGCAUCUGGUUCCACUGCUUCUGACCGCCCAGGCUUUGUUGGUGCUAAGAUUACUGCGGAGAAACAGGGGUCUCACAACAAUCGUGUUCCUCUUCCUCUUUGUCCUGAAGGCACUGAGGUUGCUACCACAGGUGGUACGACUGUUUCAGGUGUUGUAAUACCCACUUGUAUUCCACGUGGACCUGUCAAAGUUAUUCAACACUAUGAUGGUGAGCCUGUCAACACCAGUGAGACGGAAAAUAAGGAUACGCCCGGUGUUAUAAUCGUCGACAAUACCACCCGCUAUCCUGGUACACCUCAUUCAAGAGAUACAGCUACUGGUGUUGUUGGGGAUCACGUGACUCACCCUAAUACGAUAGAUUCUUGUAAUGGAGAUCACGAUUCUUGUGUGGUUGGUGGUCCUGGUACUCCUGCUGGUAAAACUUCCGGUUUUACUGAUCUUGAGCAACAUCAAAAGGUUCAGGGUGGCGGUGGUGUAAAACAACAAACUCAAAGUUUUCCUGCUGAACAGUUUAAUCCUCAUCCUGAUCUUAAUAAACAAGAGGAGAUUAGCACUGUUACAAAGAUUCCAUGUACUGGAAACGAUCCUUCUUGUAAUGUUCCCGGUAUUCCUGGUGGCGUUGCUACUCCUCCUCCUACGUCAUCUGGUUCUCAACCCGGUGUUGGUGUUCCCGCCCCUCACGUUGUUCCUGGAUUUCCCGGUGUUCAUCCAAAUGUUACUCACACCGAUACUGCUGUUAAUCAAUUUCCUGCUGUGCCUCCACACGUUAAUGUUACUGUUGGAACUCCUACUGUUGCUCUUAAUCGUCGCUCUGGUCCUAAUCCUCCUCCUCCUACUCCUGUUGUGUCCGAGAGUAGUGAAGAAGUCUCAGGUCCUACGAACACGCAUCAUGAAGAGAAUGAUAAUCAGGCAGAGACUACUGCAGCACCUUCACAGAGUGCACCAACAAGGAACACACCCAAUACACCCACUAAGGUGACGCCACCCGCAAUGCCAACAAUACUGCAACCUCCUAUGCCUGCGAAGAGCGAGACCAAACCACCCAAGAAGCGUAAAGCAGACAGCAGCAGUAUCAGUUCUGUGUGGGUGCGUGUACCACUACUGAUUGUGGCUGUGUUGUUCUCCAUUACUGUGUACUGA